AAGGCUGGUUACAUUGGCUUAGGCACCAUUUCAAUUGUUAUGUAGAAUUCUUUUCUUCAUAUUGAUUCAAGUGUCUGAGAACACUGAGCCCCAGUAUGGCACCCCUGAGACUCUGUGCCAUGGCCCCCAAGUUGCAGAGCACUUUCCCAGCCCUGUACAUCUUUGGGAUCUUGACCCUUCUGUGCCCUUCUGCCUUGUGUGACUGCAGUGUAUUUCCGAGCAUUGCCCAUGGAUCCCAUAAAGACGUGAGUUCAUUUUUCUCCUAUACUACUGUGGUGCAAUAUGAAUGUGAUGAAGGAUAUGUUCUGGUUGGAGAGUCUAAAAUCACCUGCAGGAAGUCCUACUGGUCGUCUCCAGCCCCUAAAUGUAAAGCUCUGUGUCUGAAACCAGAGAUUGAAAAUGGAGGUCUGUCUGUGGAUGAGGACGAGUAUGUUGAGCCUGAAAGUGUUACUGUCCGGUGUGACGAUGGCUAUGGUGUGGUUGGCUCUCAAAAUAUCACCUGCUCAGAGAACGGAAUCUGGUUCCCAGAGGUGCCCAAGUGUAAGUGGGAAUACCAGAUGGGCUGUGAGCAAGUGCUCGUUGGCAAUAAACUCUUACAGUGUCUCCCCUACCCAGAGGAUGUGAAAAGGGCCCUGGAGGUGUAUAAGCUGUCUCUGGAGAUUGGACACCUGAUCAAAAGUCAGACUUGAGGAGGAAUGCCAUUUAGAAACCAGCACAUCCACCACCAGCACCCCCUGCCUCCUCCCCGCAAAAAUAGAGAAUUAGGUACAUUGCUCUCAUUAGCAACUCCACUAAUCGUUUCUUAAAUACUGUUUACUGAAAAAAUAUACUCAUGUUAGGAGAAUCUGUUGAUAUCCUUAGUGCCAACAAUAAUGUGGAGCUGCUGAUUUGUAUCUUUGAUCAGCCUGUGCUUCUGCUGUUCUGGACAUGGUGGAAUGACAGAAAUAAAUAAUGACCCAUCAAGAAUC